GUAUGUGUCAUUUUCACGAUUUGUCGCCCGUUUUAUCUGAAGCAAAAGAAGAAGCUGUCAUUUUCAGAAGCGAUGAGUGCUCUAUUCCAAGAAGUCAAGGGCCGUCAGCAGGACUUUAUGAAGGCGUUCAACGCCGGAGAUGCCGCCGGAGCUGCAUCUGUCUAUGACCCGGAUGGUUAUUUCAUGCCAAAUGGACGUAAUCCGGUGAAGGGGCGUUCUGGAAUCGAAGCCUACUUCAAAGAAGACAUGGCCGACGGAGUUCAGACUGCUCAAAUCAUCACCGAGGAGGUGAACGGAGGUGGCGACUGGGCGUUCGAAAGAGGAAGCUAUCACCUGGACGGCACUAAAGGUCGCGAAUCGGGAGCUUAUCUUCAGAUCUGGAAGAAGGUCGAAGGUGUCUGGCUUAUCCAUAACGACUGCUUCAAUGUCAUUAAGAAUGCCUGUUAAAAUUUUCGAUAUUCGUUUUAAAUUUGAAGAUGUUCUAGUCAUGGCUUUGCUUUUUAGUGCUUCUUCCGUUUUUUUUGUGAAAAUUAAUCGAUGCUUUUAAUUGUGCUUCUUUUUUUUUUGGUAAUACUUCAUCAUAGAGCUUUGAAAAUCAAUAAAUAGAUUGAAGAUG